GCGGACUAUUACCGGCGUUACAGUGGUCAGUUACAUCGAUUGAAGGCAAUACAUAUAUUCUAGGCGCUGUGAAAAAUAUUUUUUUUUGUUAAUAAACUUUUUUGUACCAUUAUUAUUUGUGGUUUUGUGAGCAUGGGAGCAGAAACAAACGUGUUGGCGUCUGUGGAAUUUGAAGUACACGGACAGGUUCAAGGAUGUUAUUUCACCAAAUAUUGCAAGGAAAUGGCAGAAGAACUGGGCAUUGGCGGUUGGGUAAAGAACACAAAAAAGGGAACCAUUGUUGGAAGGAUACAGGGCACUAAAGAGAGCUUAGAUAAAAUGAUCGACUGGCUGAGCACAAAAGGAUCUCCUGAUUGUAAAAUAGAGAGGUGUGAUUUAUCAAAUUUUGAUUAUGUGGCGCGAUUGGCUUUUAACAACUUUAGUGUACGUUUUUGAUAUUAUUAAUAAACAUUUGUUCAUAUUU